AUGGAUCCUGUCACAGAGAAUGAAAUCUCCAAUCUUAUUAAAACCACUCUUAGAACAGGAAAAAGCUUUGAUCCUAAUAGCCGUCCUACAUUCCUUCUUAAACUUAUUGCAGACAUAAUUUCCAAACCUCUCAGUAUUAUUAAAAAUAACUCAUUUCAAAACGGUAUAUUCCCAGAUGCUUUCAAAGUUGUCAAAGUUAUUCCGAGAUUUAAAAAUAGUUCUACUAUAUAUGGGUUUUGUGCUAAUCAUUCCACAACUCAAUCACUUAUUAAAAUUACUAAGUCUAUUAGAAAAGCUCUUGACAAUAAAAACUUUGCACGUGGUGUCUUUGUAGAUCUGCAAAAAGCUUUUGAUACAGUAGAUCAUUCUAUCCUACUUAAGAAAUUAGAAAAUUAUGGAAUCAGAGGAAUAUCUCUUAAAUGA